CUCUCUUUCUGCCUUGUGUCGGUGAGAUCCCAUUUCAGCUAACCCAGCCUCUGCCUCACUCUUUGAGUCUCUCCAGCAAAGAUGCAAACCUCCAAGCAAACUGCAUACUCGGUGCGCACUACAUCCUCUGGCAAAGGUUCUGUCUACAGGGCCCCCACCAUCCACGGUGGCGCCGGGGGGAACCGUGUCAGCAUCUCAUCCAGUCAGCGCAGUGGGCAGUUAGCGGGAAUGGGCCAAAUAGGAGGGGGCUUCUCCAGCAGCAUCCAGGUGUCCGGGAGCGGAAGCAACAUCACGGGCAAUGAGAAGUUUGCCAUGCAGAACCUCAACGACCGCUUGGCCAACUACCUGGAGACGGUCAGAAACCUGGAGCAGGCCAACCAGAAGCUGGAAAUUAAGAUCAAGGAGGCCUUGGGCAAGAGUGGACCGGACUUCAGAGACUACAGCAAGUACCAGGUCAUCCUGGAUGACCUGAGGAGGAAGGUGUUUGAUGCCACCAUGGACAAUGCCCGCCUGGUCCUCAGCAUUGACAACGCUCGCCUGGCAGCCGACGAUUUUAGAGUGAAAUUCGAGUCUGAACUGGCUAUCCGCCAAUCAGUGGAGGCCGAUAUUAUUGGUCUGAGGAAGGUGAUUGAUGACACCAACAUGAGCCGCAUGAAUCUUGAGAGCGAGAUUGAGACCCUGAAGGAGGAGCUGAUCCACCUUAAGAAGAACCACGACAACGAAGUACUAUUACUUCGUAACCAGAUCGCCCAGUCAGGAGUCCACGUAGACGUUGACGCUCCUAAAGGACAGGACCUCGCUCAGAUCAUGGCAGAAAUAAGGGCUAAGUAUGAGAAGAUGGCACAGAAGAACCAAGAUGAACUAAAAGCAUGGCAUGAAUCUCAGAUCACAGAAGUGCAGACCCAAGUCAAUGUGAACACAGAGGCCCUGAAGACUUCCCAGACAGAGUUGAAUGACCUACGCAGACAGUUUCAAACCUUGGAGAUCGAGCUGGAGUCCCAGAGGAGCAUGAAAUUAUCUCUGGAAGGCACGCUGAGGGACACAGAGAUGCGCUACAACAUGGAGAUCGAGUCACUCAACAGUAUCAUCCUGGGCCUGGAGGCCGAACUCACUCAGCUUCGCAGCAGCAUCCAGUUGCAGACCCAAGACUACGAAGCUCUGCUCAAUAUGAAGAUGAAGCUAGAGGCCGAGAUUGCUACUUACAGACGGCUGCUGGAUGGCGAAGACUUCCAGCUUCAGGAUGCUCUGGAACAGCAGAAAACAAUCAAGACCAAGGUCAUGACAGUGACACAGACCCUUGUGGAUGGCAAGGUUGUGUCCUCCACCACCGACACCAAGAACCUCUGAAUACCAGAGGCAGCCAUGAAACAUUGGCUGCAACAAUAAUAACAAUAACCUCAAUAUGGCCAAAACUGAUAUUUUGCUCCAAUUGGCUCAUGGCAUCUUAGUUAAACAGUAACUAACCCUUAGACUAAAACCAUUGCAGUGAUUAGCUUGACUUCUUUAGUAAAAAAACCCUGCACAAGCUGACUGAAUCAAAAACUGGACAAGAAGAAAACUAAACCAUCUUUUAUUUAUUUCAUCAUAGACGUUCUGCUAUUUGUGUAUGUAUGCUGGCCUGCAGAUUGUCUGCUCAUGUUAUGAGGCAAGUUGAGGGAUGUUUUGAAACAAUACGAGGGCCAUUUAAUUUCAAACACUUUUCUGACAUCCUGGUUUUUCUUUCUGUCCGGUUGAGUCUGUCUGUUAGUCGUGCUGUGAGGUUCAAACAUAUCAAUAAAGUUCAUUCCAGGGA